AUGUCAACAAUUCUUAGAUACAUGGCCCCAACGAUGGCAGACGAAUGCCAGUAUCCGUGCUAUCCGCCACCCACCGGCCCCAAAACAACCCCUCAGGUUGGAUACUUUCCAUAUAAUCCUCCAUCACCUUAUCUUGGAAAUGAUGAUGUGCCACCUCCACCAGAGCCUAUUUUGCCUUGGUUUCCCUUUUACUACAGAAAACCGCCCCAUGAAGAUCAGUCUCCAUCUACGGCCCUCCAUGGAUCAAGAACCAUGAUCGUCAUAUUUCCUCUUUUUGUUCUUGUUUUCACUUUUGUUUUUCAGUAG